GCUGGCGGGUGGUCGCAGAAUUUUGGAGCUACCGGGCAGUGAGCACUGCCUCGCCCCACGCGUCCCUCGGCCCCGCGAACAGAGUGGGGAUCUUGGACUUCGGUCCCAGACGGUGGGGAUCGGGAUGGUUUCCGUGCGGAUCCGAGAGGCCGAGGAGGGAGACUGUGGAAAUAUCCUGAGGCUGAUUCGGGAACUAGCUGACUACGAGAAACUCUCGGAUCAGGUGAAGAUCAGUGAAGAAGCCCUGAGGGCAGAUGGCUUCGGAGAGAAUCCUUUCUAUCACUGUUUGGUAGCUGAGAUUCUUCCUGUUCCCGGAGAGCCACAGGGGCCCUGUGUGGUGGGCUACGGGCUAUACUACUUCAUCUACAGCACAUGGAAGGGACGCAACGUUUAUCUGGAAGACAUAUACGUGAAGCCAGAAUACCGGGGUCAAGGAAUUGGUUCCAAAAUAAUCAAAAAGGUGGCUGAGGUGGCCCUGGAUAAGGGUUGCUCCCAGUUCCGCCUGGCCGUCCUGGACUGGAACAAGAGGGCCAUGAACUUGUAUAAGGCCUUAGGAGCCCAAGAUCUGACUGAAGCUGAGGGCUGGCACUCCUUCCGCUUUGAGGGAGAGGCGAUGCGGGAGUUGGCAGGAAAGUGACACCAUCCGUUGAGGAUGUCACUGUAUUUGAGUUUCUCCUUCCCCACCAGCCCAAGCACUUCUCAGAGACUGUCUCUGAUGACAAAGGAAGGAAGGAGAGUUGGAGGUGAAUAUUCCUGAAAUACAUAAAGACCAAAAUUGAGGGAGAGGUCUUCCAACUUCCUUAUUGAGGGUGAAAAAUAAAUGAGAAUUACUGUGUCCUGAUGUGA